GGCCCGACACAUUAAUUGUAAUUAUGAGCCCGAGCCCGAUUACAACCCGACAUUCUUUUUAAUACAUGUGUAACUUUGUACACAUUUGUUACUUAGGCCUAGUCUGCUAAAUAUAUAUGUAAGGGAUAAUGUAUAGAACGCCGGUCAUUAUCGCGAAAAUAAGGCUUAUUUUCGAUAAUGACCGGCGACGUCCUAUACAUUAUCCCGCUUAUUACACGGCUACUUGCCAAAACGAAAAAAUAAUUUCACAUGGUGCGUCUUUUUACGAUUUAUUUGUUACCAACAUUCUUAGUGUUGAUCAGCAGAGAAAUAGUCUGCCAAAAAACGUUGACGUCGCUUAGCAACCGAAGACGCUGGGGUUGACAAGUUACCGGACUACUUACGGAGUGCUACCAAAGACGCCAUUAGAGGCACAAAGUCCUUUGUUUUCCUUGACAGCGGUCAAUUGUACUCACGAUUAUACUUAGCAACGGUGAAUUAUCAAAUAUAAUUCACUGCCUUGGGCUUGGGCAGAAAUCCUAACUCUACUCUUGAUAAAACCAUAAUGUUUGAUUCCCCUUCCCUGUGAACCCAAAACUACCAGUAGCAUGUGACCUGUAGAGUGUAAUUUGAGUCUAUAUUUACAAUUUAUCCUAUGUUUUGAAAAUUUGUGCAUUUAAAUUGAGAUGGAGGCAAGGAUCAACGUAAUUCAUAGCUUUUUAUCUCAAAUAAGUUGUUUUUCCUUUAAAUCCAACGUAUGUGUACCUAAUGGCAGGUCUGAUGGUGAGGCUCUCCUAGGUGUUCUACUCCGUCCUCCAUCCCCCCUAUGGAGCUCAUCCAGUCCGGCCCGGCCUCCUCCCUCUCCCCCCAACAGGCCACAGCUGGCUGCUGGGGGGCUGGAUCCAUGGCGUCCCUCUCCCCAUCCCUCCUCCCCCCCUCCGCAGCACCGCCUCGGCCGGACGGCUCCGCCCUGCCCAACACCACCUGCUGGAACUGGACCCAGCCGGGCUUGGAGGACAGUGAGACGUCCCCCGAACCGCCCGGGUUCCUCCCCACCGUGGCGGCCAUCAUCAUCCCCGUCAUCUAUGCGGCGGUGUGCGCCGUGGGCCUGGUGGGCAACACGCUGGUCAUCUACGUGGUGCUGCGCUGCACGCGCUCCGAGUCGGUCACCAACAUCUACAUCCUCAACCUGGCCAUCGCCGACGAGCUCUUCAUGCUGGGGCUGCCCUUCCUGGCGGCCCAGAACGCCCUGCUCUCCUGGCCCUUUGGCAAGCUGGUGUGCCGCGUGGUGAUGACGGUGGACGCCAUCAACCAGUUUACCAGCAUCUUCUGCCUGACGGUGAUGUCCAUCGACCGCUACCUGGCCGUGGUGCACCCCAUCCGCUCGGCGGGCUGGCGCAGGCCACGGGUGGCCCGCACGGUGAACGGCACGGUGUGGGCCAUGUCCUUCGUGGUGGUGCUGCCCGUGGUGGCCUUCGCAGACGUGCUGGAGGACGACGGCAACUGCAGCAUCGUAUGGCCGGAGCCAGCCGAGGUGUGGAAGGCCUCGUUCAUCGUCUACACGUCCACCGUGGGGUUCCUCUGCCCCCUGCUGGUCAUAUGCCUGUGCUACCUGCUCAUCGUCAUCAAGGUGCGGAGCUCCGGUAAGCGGGUACGCAUCACUUCCUCCCGUCGCAGGAAGUCGGAGCGUAAGAUCACACGCAUGGUGGUGGUGGUGGUGGCAGUGUUCGUGCUGUGCUGGCUGCCCUUCUACAUCCUCAACAUCGUCAACCUGCUGGUGGUCUUGCCGGGGGAUUUCCGGGGUCUCUACUUCUUCGUGGUGGUGCUGUCCUACGCCAACAGCUGCGCCAACCCGAUCCUGUACGGCUUCCUGUCCGACAACUUCAAGCGGGGCUUCCGCAAGGCGCUGUGCCGUAGCUCACGUCGGGUGGAGAACCAGGGAGAGAGGGUGGCGGCGGGGGACGUGGAGCUACGGCGCCCCACGGGGGAGUGGGGUGGCAUUGCGCUGCCCCAGCCAAAUGGAAACCAAGUGGGGACCGAGGUGGUGUAUGGCUGCCCUGAGGAGGAGAAAGAGGAGGAGGAGAAGGAGAAGAUCAGGGAGGAGGAGGAGGAGGAGGAUGAUGAUGAUGAUGAUGGUGGUGCAGGGCCGAGUGGGGCGUGCACGGCUGUAAGGAAGAGUAAGGAGGGUGCAGGAGUGGGGAAAUCUAGAUCAGAGGGUUCCCUUGAGGUCCAGUGUGACCCCACGUCGGCCCCUAGACAGACGCUUAGACAAAGGGAAGGGCUGGCGCUGGGGCCCACGGGGGCAGGGUGCACUCUGGGUAAUAGAGGUCAGAUCAACAGCUCAACUCUGCAGGACACCGUGAACCAGAGUGCAAUGCUGGAGGUCAGCUAUCUGUGAUGAAAUAAUCCAUAAUCAAUUGCAUGUUUUAGACCUGCUCACUGAGAGGUGAACGUGUUCUAAGAACUCUGGGACCGCAAGACUUACAGCAUGCUGAUAGUUUGGGAUUGGGAUGCCACUUGGGGUUGCGUCGCCUAAAAUGCACGUGAGGUCGAAUGCAGACUUAUGGCCUACAGCAGUGGGAAAACAGUGAAACAGGGGUACUUUGAAGGAUUGCAGAUGGUUCCAGGAAAUGUCUGAAAGACAUAUUUUUAAGAAGGGAUGGGAAAAGCCUCAUUAAUUGUUUCCUACUGAGUGUACGUUUUAUACUGAUCAAAGGAGUACAUGGCUGAAAAAUAUCUUUGAGGGGGUUCAUUAUUAAAAAAAAAUUGCUUACAGAACCACUGGCCUAAGAAAACAGAUAAUUGUAUAGGUUUGAAUGGUCUCGCACAGACCCUGAAUAGACAAACAAACUGCUGAUUGAGUCGUAAAUGUAAGAAGUUGGGUAAAAAGGUUAGGAAGCACUAGAGUAGAAUAGUGCUCUUCCAGGGUGGGAUUAGUUAUGUUUGAAUGUAAAUUGUACAAUGGAAAACAAGAAACUACAGGGACAUAGUGGGUCCAGAGUGUUGACUUCGGUCUUGGAAGGCAGAUGGAAAAUAUCCUGUAGUUAACGUCUGAAGAUAUCAUAACAAUAUGACCAAACCUAAUUCAUGUUUAAUUAUAUUGUUCUAAAGCUGCAAAUAUGAUUAUAGUUUGCUAGGCAGGUUAGUUAGACACAUUUCUAUAUUUAUUUUUAUGUUAAGAAAGUUUUUAUUUUGAUUAUGCGUCUUCUCAGGUUAAAAAAAAGGUGAAACCACAAUGAUUGUCACUCGCACUAACUUAAGCUAAUUCAGCCUUAUAUCUAUAGAAUUCUAUAAUCUUAUUUUUUUAUUGUUUGGGUCAAUGUGUCAGUGUGGUAAACUAUUUUGUAUGGAGACAUAACUUCCAGUACAAGGCCAAACUGGCUAUGUGUGUUUGCUGUUCUGUAGGCCUUGUGAAGUGAUGCUCAGCAGGGUAAACAGAUAUCACAUAUCCACCCUUGCUGUUGUAAAAUUAUCUGUCUUACACGUAAUGAAAAAACCAGCGGGCAUUUUUAUUGUGCAAAUAAAUCUUAUCAACCAA